GGUUAGCAGGAGGAAAGGUGGCCCCACCCUGAAAAAUGUGUACGCACAUAAAUAAAGAGGCUGGUUAUGGCAGUGUAAACUAGUGACCUCGGAAGAUAGGUGGGCCAUAUCUAGUCCUCCGUAAGUAACUUAGUGCAACAUGGAAUAUUUAAUUGAGAGGAAUCAGAAAAGAAAAAGGAAAAUGGGUAACAAAAAGAAUUGAUGCAAUUGCAUGGCAACUGGACUAAUAUGAUAUGACAUACAUGCACAUAUGCUCAUAAAACUGAACAAUCAAUAACUUCGUUAUGCAAUUUUCCAGAGACAGGUCUCCUUCUCAUGAUAGUCGGAAACAGUACAUGUGAACAAAUAUAACAUAAGAUUCCUUAAGAUUGUUGUGGAAAUUGUUCACGUAUACUAUUUUUCUUGUAGAACAGGUAACAAAUUAAGAUCAUUUAAUCAACACAAGAACACAUAUAAGAUCAUGAAAUUAUGCAAAUACAUAUGCAAUCGUCUUAGCUGACAGAAUUCACCGUCUCUCCUUAAGGAAUCUUAUUCCCCUCUAGUACCCAAGAUAAUGGAAUGAUUCCUCCUAGGAUAGAAAUGACAUACCUUUCCCGGCGUAGCGGUACCUCAAACCCCGAAAACCAUUGAACGCAGUGAACCAGCGAGAAGUCGAGAACCACACUUGACUUGAUUUUCUCUUUGAAAAGAAUGCAGAAAACUACUUUGGAUUUUAGCAGAGUUAUGUUACCGGAACACGUGUCUAAAAACCAGAGGGGGUUAUGUGUUAUUUAUUGAAAAUGAAGGGGUGCGUACGAAGGGAGGCGACUCUUCGGAUGAGUGGUUACCCCCAACCAACACUGGUUCAUUUAAAAUAAUGAACCAUUGCAUCGGUUUGGUCCAUGGUAGUUGGACCGGUUUGGUUAUUCCAACCACCACAUCGGUUCGGAUCGAUUUGGUUCAACUCAGUUUGGUCCGGUUGGUUACACAAACCAAUAUUAUCGUUACCAACAUAGUACAUCAAAUUGACCGAAUUCGCGGCCACGCCUUCCCAUAGCUUACCAACAUGGUACUUCAAGAGAUUCUCUUGGAUCUUUACCCUUCCAUUUCCAUUCACACCAUUAAAAAUCUCAACAUUGUGAAUUGUGUAUUAGGAUUAUUACAGGGGUUGUUUAGAUUAGGAAUUUUGGGGCCAACUGAUGCCAAUCCGCCUUCCCAGAUUUCACUACAUUUUUGUGUUUGGGAAGACUCCAAAAACCAAGGAAUUUCGAAAAUAUGCUAUUGAAGAAUUUCAAAACAGCGGACCCCACAACAAUUUUGAAAUCCUUCAUUUUUUUGUGUUUGUUCCAACUCUAACCCUUCCCAACCUCUUCCUCUCCAUCCCGACCUCUGCUCCUCCGUGUCCUCUCCUCCUCAAUGACUCUCUGACCUCUAGUUAAGGAGUGAAUUGCAGAUAUUCAGGAUUUUGAUAUUUGUUAUUAGGAUACCCAUAGUGUACCAAUUUUCACCCUUAGUUAGAGGCAUAUAUGUGAAAUUCCUCCAAACCACCCGCUCCAACUCUACAGCUCGCUCCCCUCUGAGACUAUCUCACCUAAAAAAAGAGGAAUCGGAAGCGAGGAAGAGUGAGAGCCGCUGAGAAGUUUCGGAUCUCGAAUCCUCUACCACCGUGAGCUCGCGUAAUCUGGGAAACCCAAUCCUUGUCGUUCCAGAACCCAUUUUGCCCGUCUCAGGUCCUUUGCCGCAAAGAUUAUCAAUUUUCGGUCGAGAAUAAGAAGGCGACGACUGGUGGAAGAAAAAGGUAAAACUAUAUGCGAUUGCCGAAAAUCCACGAGUCAAUGCAGUACUUGCUCCUUGCCGAUGGGAAGCGGGUGAGGUCGCUGCUCUGCCUCGCCGUCUGCUUCUGGUAUGCGACAGAGUUGGUGGAUGCGUCCGGAGGAGUGCAGUGGCUAGAAGAAGAAGAUGAAGACGUCUACAGGGCUUCAAUGAAGCUUUUGACGGUGAAAACUGAAACAAUCUGAGAUUUUCCAAGGCGGAGAUCUGGUUUCUCGAAUAAAUUAAGGGUGGAGAGCUUGAAGGCACGACAAGACUGAGGUGGGAGGUGGAGACCUUCGAGGAAGAGGAAGAAGUACAUGCGAAGGAUGAGAAAAGUUUUUUUUUAGGAAUUUUUAAUUAAUUAUAACUUAGAAGAAGGAUAAUUUUCAUCUGCAUAUCUUUUAUGAAAAAUUGACACGUCAGCAUCAAACAUUAGUACAUUCAAUAUUUACUAUUGUUCAGUUAAAGUUAUUGACGGAAUGACUACAUCUGCGUACAAAAUGCAAAUUUGUGGCUAUACAAGUCUAUUUAUCCAGAACAAGACUACGUAAUUUUUAUACGUUUAAAGCUCAAGUAACCGGAAAUCAAUGGUACUGUUCCUAACGAUUUUUUCUCCCUCUUCACUAUACAUUGGAGAAAACGUAUCUGCUACAGUCGGUUCCAUUAUUAAUCAGCCAGUUCCAUUAUUAAUCAAAAUUUCAUAUAACUAUUUGCUUGCCACAACCCACCCUAGAUCCGUACAACGGCUGACCUUACUUUUGUUUCAUUCCUUUAAACUGAUAGUCCCUUUUUCUUUCAUUUGAUUUUUCUUCACUAUUCACUAGAGAAAAUGAAUCUGCCACAGUCGGUUCCAUUAUUAAUCAAAAUUUCAUAUAAUUAUUUGCCCACAGCCCACCCUAGAUCCGUACAAAGGCUGGCCUUACUUUUGUUUCAUUCCUUUAAAUUGAUGGUCCCUUUUUCUUUUCUUUCAUUUGAUUUUGUUUAUCAAUUCGCAUUAUGCAAAUGUUCCGCAACCGCAAAUCUGUAAGGUUAGUUUACUUUGAAAUAACAGUUUAAUCAUAUGUUACUUUCUAAAAUGUGAUUUUAUUAUUAGACCAUUCAGCACAAGCACUUUUUACUCUUCAUUAAGAAAAAAAUAGACUAUUUGAGUAUUAGCUCUUUUCACGGUAACAACCAGUUCUACGGUAAGUCCUUUUCUCCUAAAUAAUAGAAACCAUAUUAAAUUAUUUAAUUAUUAUUAACCAAAAUUACAUUAUUGUUAAUUAAAAUAUUUAACAUGCCAUCAAUUCACAUUAUGAAAAGAUUCUGCAAAGUUAGUUGACUUUAGUAUAACAGUUUAAUCAUGUGUUACUUUCUAAAAUUGAUUUUAUUAUUAGACCACACAUUAUGAAAGAUUUAUGUAACAAUGCUAUAGUAGUUACAUUAACAACAUUGUAUAAUAGUUACAUAAAUUAUAAAUUCAUUUGUAAAAAUUAUAGACACUACAUAAACUAAAAUUUAUAGCGGGAUAACUGUUAUGUAAGUAAAGAUAUUAAAGAGUCUUCCUUAAUGAUUAAAAUACUAAAUAAAUAUUAUGAACAUAUAAUCAUUUUGUAUGCAUCAGUUAAAAAAAUAUGUUAUAUAAGUCUUCCAUAACGAUUAAACACUAUGUAAUCCUGUGCAGGAAUAAUUAUUUAUUAUGUAUCACUUAAAAAAUGAUUGAUGUAUGUUAUCUGUAAUGAUCAAGACACUAAGUGAAACUUAUGUAAGUGUCUGAUCUAAAUAAUUUUGUAAAUUAUUUGAUUUCAUAAAAAGUAAAAAACCCAUAGUUUUUCAAAAAAAAAAAAAAAAAGUAAAAACCCAUAGUAAGUAAGGUCAUGAAUUAAAAAGGGAAUCUUCAUCUUCCUUCCUCCAUUGGCGGAUACAUGGUGCUUUAGGGGUUGUCCUGUCCCUAGACACCCCUAAAAUUUGGGAAAAUGAUUAUCCAACCGUCAGUGGUAAUUUCGUGUGGAUAAACAAAAUAUAAUCAGUAAUUCGGG